AUGGUCCCUCCACAAAGAGCGGGAUCAUUCUCACCAAAUCCUGCGCAGACUCUUCAAACUGGCAGUAAUCAUUCACCUCAUCCAUCGCACACUGGUAUCCUCAGUGCUGGCGCAAGCCCCAGCACAAGCAGUCCAACGGGGGCCAACUCCCUGACGAAAAUUGUCGUCGCCCAAGUCUAUCUCUUGCUCAGUACCAUCAAAGAAGAUAAGGAUCGCGCCAAGUGGGAGCUGCAAGUCGAGCAAUUAAGAAAGCUUAUCGAUGAACACGGUAUGGAGGUCUUUUCCAAAUACUUCACCCGGUUGGUGGCCGGCAACGCACCCCAGAUCUUCCCUGGUCUCAACAGGCAGGUCGCCAACCCAGGCAACUACCACAUUCUCGUCGGUGAGAUGCGCAAGAUUGCACACGAUGUCGACCAAGCAACAAAAAUAGCAGAGUCCGUCGAAAGCGGCACGGAGGACAUAUUCCGCGAAUUCGACUUGUCAACGUUUAUGGAGCACUUCAAGCUCGAUGCCUUGGAAAAGACUCUGUUAGCUUUGGCAUUUAAGCUCGGGUCUCGGCCUGAUUUGAAGACUAAAGCGGAUGCUAUCCUGUCGACUAAUUUCCCCACCUUCAUGGACAUCAUCUCUCGGCCAGAGAUUGAAGCCCACGCUGACCUAUCGCCCGCCUUUGUUUCGCUCAUCAUCGACAGGUUUUUGCAAUACUAUCCGCCGAGCUUCAACGCAGCCUCCCGCCGAGACCUUCAAAACUCCGUUGCCAAGCGCUACUUGUCUGUGGACCAAGCGCCCCCGUCUGAAGUUCUGGCGGCCCUCGAUAUCAGCAGAGUUCUAGCCGAUCGGCCCGCAAAUUCCCUGGCUCGCUAUAUCCAAAAAGUUGGACCGGAAUUUACAAAGGACGAGGAAUCGUGUUCCUCCUUCCUGCGAGGCCGUCCCAACAACAUCCAGCUCACCCCCGAGCAAGUCUCUGCCGCACUCACAUACACCACCAUCAGCCAAAAUCCGCCACAUGAUCCUAUCAUCCUCGUCAAUGCCCUCCUACGCCACGUUCCCAAACCUUUUGUGUGGGAAGAAGUCGUUCUCUCUUUCGAUCAGCCGUCGGCACGCAUCUCAUCUGCUCAAUUUUUACGGCUUUACAAAGCUCUUUUGCCCAUUGCCGAGGACCCAGCAAAUAAACUCGACAUCCAGCGGUUGUGGGGUGGCUCUUGGAGCGAGCCUGAGGCACAGCUGUCUUUUGUUAGCGCCUACGCUUCCUUGGGGCCCGACCAACUUGACGCAACUACAAUCCCCCACCUCCAGCGAAGCAUUACAAUUGAAGAUUACGCAAACUCCGCGCCCAACGUGCAAGAACGUGCCGCCGCCGUCGUCAAACAUCCUCUUAGUGUCGAGGCAAAACGAUUAUUCCAAGAAGUUGUCGUUCCUAACCUUGACAUUUUCCUCGUGUCCGCUUUUGAACGCUCGCCGGAGUAUGACUUCGUGCUCGAUAGCCUUUGGAAGAAAGACAAGGACUGGGUUAUUCAACGGCUUAUUGAUGCGCAUGCGGUUAAGCCUGUUGACCUUCCUCUCAUCUUCGACCAUGCCGCCAAGCACAACUGGUUGGAAGAGCUGGUUUAUCUUCCAAAUGGCUUUGGAAUCGAUCUCGCCGCCUUUGCCCACGCAGAGGGCUACUUGGACUUGUCAAAAUGGGCGCAAUACAAUGCCGAUCGAAGUAACGAGAUUGCGCGAACUUUGUUGCAAUUUCUCAUGAUCAAGGCCAAUCUGGAGAUUCAGUUUCAGAGACCACCAGAUGGCCAACCGCCUGUUAAAACAAGUACCAGUCUUCAGGUGCGGACUGUUUCGGCGUUGCUGCAGAUUCUCGAGGAUUUCCUGCCUAAGGCGCCGGUCCUCGAUCUCAUUCUCGUCCAGCGCCACUGCAUCACUGCGUACCCUCGAUUGAUCAACUACGGAGAAGGGUAUGAUGAUAUCAUCGAUGCAAAUGGCAAGGAUGGAAAUGCUCUACCGCAAGCAGCCAAUAGCAAGAUGGAAGAGCAUUACAAAAAGAUGUACGGUGACGAGAUACAGGUUCGCACGAUUGUUGAGAUCCUUGAUCGCUACAAGCAUUCACGGGAUCAGCUCGAUCAAGACGUAUUUUCCUGCAUGAUUCAUGGUCUUUUUGAUGAGUACAACCAUUAUGUGGAUUAUCCCCUCGAAGCCCUUGCCACAACCGCCGUUCUUUUCGGAGGCAUCAUUUCCCACAAACUGAUUUCCGAUCUGCCCCUUAAGAUAGGUCUUGGAAUGAUUUUGGAGGCAGUGAGGGAUCAUUCGCCUGAUGAUGCCAUGUUCAAGUUUGGUCUCCAGGCGCUGAUGCAGCUUUUGGUACGUCUCAGGGAAUGGCCAGGAUUCUGCAAACAGCUACUACAAAUCCCGGGCCUCCAAGGAACAGAGGCGUUCAAGAAGGCGGAGGAGAUUGUUCGAGAUCACGAAGAGGAGCUUGCACGCGCUCGUAACGGAUCAGGCACGCCACACGGAGCAGGAUUUCCUAACGAUUCCUUUGCGAAUACAAAUGGUGAUGAGCAGGCAAGCAUUGAUCGCCCUGCCCCGGCAUUCACAGCCAUUAGUGUCGACCCCCCUUCUCAAGAAGUCGAGUUCGAAGAUCCCGAUGAUGAGACGCAAGGCAAGAUCCAGUUUGUCCUCAACAAUAUCACUGAAAACACGAUACAAGCCAUGUGCGUUGAGCUUCGCGACAUGCUCGAACGAAGAUACCAGCAGUGGUUCGCCAGCCAUCUCGUCGAGGAACGUGCCAAGAUGCAGCCAAACUACCAUCAUGUGUAUCUGGAGCUUGUGAAAUUGUUUGAAGACAAGAUCCUCUGGGCCGAAGUUCUCCGCGAGACGUUUAUCAGUGUGUCUAGGAUGCUCAAUUCUGAAGCGACUCUGCAAAACUCCACAGAGAGAUCACAUCUUAAAAACCUUGGAGGGUGGCUUGGUCUUCUAACCCUUGCUCGAGAUUAUCCGAUAAAGCACAGAAACAUUGCGUUCAAACAGCUGCUUAUCGAGGCACAUGAUACCAAGCGGUUGAUUGUUGUCAUUCCUUUCGUUUGCAAGGUCCUGACCCAAAGCGCAACCUCGGCAGUUUUCAAACCUCCCAACCCCUGGCUCAUGGACAUUAUCCAUCUGUUGAUAGAGCUCUAUCAUCACGCAGAGCUGAAGCUCAAUCUCAAGUUCGAAAUCGAAGUGUUAUGCAAGGGUUUGAACCUUGAUCACAAGAGCAUCGAACCCUCUGGAGAAAUUCUCAAUCGACCCAUCUUAGAGGAGGCGGACGUGCUUGUCCAGGAGCAGCUCGAAGCCUUUGAGAGCCUAUCAUUAAAUGGAAUUGGGUCGGCAGUUGGGCCCGGGCUAUCCCCUCAGGUUCCAACUAUCCCAGACCUCGGUCCGCUUAUCACCAUCCCUCCCACCAAUGAGAUGGUGGUCAGCACCAGCAGACUGCACGAGAUUGUUCGGACGGCUCUCACCCGUGCCCUUCAGGAUAUUAUACAACCAGUCGUCGAUAGAUCCGUCACUAUUGCUGCUAUAUCAACCCAGCAGAUGAUCCGGAAAGAUUUCAUUGCCGAACCGGAUGAGAACCGCGUCCGAACAUCUGCUAUUAACAUGGUAAAGGCCACCGCCGGUAGCCUGGCUCUCGUCACGUCCAAGGAGCCUCUACGAGCAAACUUGACCAACUAUAUGAGGAGUCUUGCUAACGAUCUGCCUUCGGGUCUUCCUGAGGGUACCAUCAUCAUGUGUGUCAACUCAAAUCUCGACUUGGCCUGCAGCAUCAUUGAAAAGCAGGCUGAAGAGCGAGCUGUGCCGGAGAUUGAGGAGAUGCUGGAAAACGACAUGGAGCACAGGAGACGACAUCGCCUUCAGCAGCCAAACGAGCCGUACCACCCAACAGGUAUCAAUCGAUGGGCUAUGACGAUUCCGAGCCCUUACAAGAUACAGCCAAGACCCGGUGGUCUCAAUGCUGAACAGAUGGCCAUCUACGAAGAUUUCGCCAGACAGCCUCGCACCACUUCUUCCACGGUGGCAUCCCACGCACCAUCUGCCUCAGAGGCCACCAGGUCGUUGGCAAACGAAGUCUUGCAGGAGACAUAUAGUGGCAUGCCUAACAUACCUACCCCCGCAGAGACGCCUUCGAUCCAACAGCUUGGCGCACAACUACAGCCCUACGCUCCGGUUCAUAACCUCGCUGCUGCCAACGCAAUGGGCAACGGGCGAGCUGCUGGCUUUCAAAUGGAUGUUCGUGGUUUGGCAGAGCGGGUCAACAAGCUGCUACAGGAAUUAUUGCGCGUGGCUGGAGAGGCUCGAGAGGAUCACUUUGUGGGCUUGCCUAGGCCGCACCCCGUCCUCGACGUCGUCGAUGCACUUGUGCAGCUCAUCAUUAAGACCUCUCAAAACUCGGAAGAGUUUGCCAUCUAUGCCGCCGAGCAGAUCAGCUCACUCAUCUUCCAACAGGUUGAGGACAACCUAACGCUUGAGAGUCUUGUUCACGUGCUAGAGACUCUUCGAAAGAUUUCUGGCCCAGCGCUAAACAGCCGAGUCCGCUCUUUGUUCGCCCAGCAGCCCGGACCCAAUUUCCUAAGCCUGCCUCUGCUCGCAGCACUAAUCCGAACUGAUCUCCUCGACUGGCGAAACAUUGAUCUCGCAAUGUCCAAGGUCUUGGAAGCCCGCAAGGACAAUUCGCUGGAGUUCCUCGAGCACAUGCUCGACCUUACCAUCCUCAACCACCGACCGAUUGCUCUAUAUGCCGACUUUAUCCGCACACUCGAGGCAGCAUGGACUUGGAUCUGCGAAGAGCCAAGUUCGGCUACUGGCCAGCGGCUAAAGAACAAGUUGAUGGGCUCGGUUCCUUCUCAGCCACCGCAAGGCCUUUCUAGCUUAGAAGAACAGUCAAUUCAGCAAGAUCAGCUAGAGUACGUCUUUGAGGAGUGGGUGCACCUGUGUAACAAUCACAACGCCUCCAGCAAGGCUACGGCGAUCUUCAUCCAGCAGCUGCACGCGAGGCAAGUUAUUCGCAACCGCGAUGACUUCUUCUUCUUCGUGCGCAUCGGUAUCGAUCUUUCGGUCGAGCGUUAUGAGCACAUUCUGCACACAGGGGCUAUCGGCGAUGCUUACAUGGCGAUCGAUGCUUUGGCCAAAUUCAUCGGCUCUUUUGCCAGCAUGAAUACUGAAACGCCGGUGUCACGCGCAGCCUUUUUGGACUCAGUCUUGGUCCUCGUGUCCUUGGUAUUGAACCACCACCAUACCAAGCGAGGAGAACACCUUAACCAAAGGGUCUUCUUCCGCAUCUACUCGAUGCUCUUCCAUGAGAUAUAUUCCAUCUGCGAAGAUCUGCCGGAUGACGACCGCCGCGACGUGAUGCUGAGAUUGGCUUCCAGACUGGAGACCAUCGGCCCGCAGACUCUUCCUGGAUUUGUGUUUGGGUGGCUGCUUCUUGUACAGCAUCGAGCCUUUAUGCCCGUGUUACUGCAGCUAGCAGACAAUGCAGGAUGGAAGGCCUUUGCCGACCUAGUCUGCCAGCUGCUCGGCUGCGUGAGCGAGCAGCUCAAGGCAUUCAAUGUUACCGACGCUGGCAAAGACCUGUCCAGGGGAACCGUGAAGUUGUUUGUCAUUUUGCACCACGAUUUCCCAGACUUUUUGGCCGCCAAUCACGUCAGGUUCUGCGCCAGCAUCCCAACGCAUUGCAUCCAGCUGAUCAACACGGUCCUGACCGCUACCCCGCAGCAAAACUACGGAAAGCCUCUUGAUAACCUCAAAGGCGAUCGGGUAGACGAGCUGAGGACAUACCCCGGCCUCGUAGAUGAUGCUGUUGCAAUCCUGACCGAGGCUGGGCUCUUGACCAUGCUGGACCAAGUCUUCCAAAACGGCCCAGCAGAGGAGGCAGUGGCACAGAUUGCACACACAAUCACUUCGAACACGCCGACCGAGACCACGUUUGGACAUGUGGCCAUUGCGGCGAAUGCUCAGAUCAUUAGCGCAGUUGUGAUAUAUGCCGCCCAUCAUGCUACUGAGCAAUCACCACCGGUUACCAGCUCGCCCAUUUCAGGAAGCGAACCAGAGGUUGCUCUGCUGUCUCUGCUGGUGCACGAAUUGCCUCCGGAGGCCAGAUAUUAUCUGAUUGCCAGCAUGGUGAAUCAGCUGAGAUUCCCCAACCCCCACACCGAAUUCUUCAGUCAGCUCAUCCAGUACAUCUUUGGGAAAGACAUGAACGACCCUGAAGAGUCAGACAUUCGACAGGAGAUUACUCGAAUCCUCCUAGAGCGACUGGUGGGCUUCUGGCCCCAGCCCUGGGGACUUAUCUACACAGUCGUGGAACUGUGCAAAAACGAGAAGAACAUGUUCUUCGAUCUCCCCUUUAUUAGAUCGACACCAGAGGUUGCCGAACGAUUCGCCUCAGUUAUUCAACGGGUAUAG